AUGAAUCGGAGCGAGACUGAACAUUCCACUCCAAUCGCUGAUGAUUCUAGCCAUGAGGAAGAUUCCGAUUCCGGGCAAAGUAUUGCAGCUUCCAAUCCAAUUGAAGAUGAUUCCGAUUACGGUGAAAGAAUCACAGAGUCUGAGGUCAUUGAUGAGAUUGCUGCUCUCAAUUGUGGAGAGUCUCUUCCGGACGAGUUAGCCAGCUUAAAAUUGCAAGCAACCUCAAAGAAGAGAGUCACCUUGCGCCAAGAUAUCCUAGAGCUCAAUCACCAUGAGCUCAAAGAGCACAUACGAGUCGAGUCCAGAAAUCUCUAUGGCGAUGAGGCCAAGGAUGAACAACUCAAAGCUGUAGCCGCCUUAGUCCAUGACCGGCACACAUUCGUCCUUGCAGGUACUGGUUUUGGAAAGACUCGAAUAACAGAAAUGUAUCACAAUCUGUUUCAACCGUAUCAAAAGUCUAUUGUAUUGGUCUUGAAUCCUUUGGAUUCACUUGGAGACAAUCAGGUUGAAGAAAAAAGGAAAGUAGGAGUUAAUAAUAGGCAUAUUAAAGCAGUCAACUUGACCAGUAAAGUCUUGAAUGCAAAAACGGCUAGGAAGAUCAUUUCCGGGAAGUUUGAAUUUGUUUACCUGAGCCCAGAAGCCUUUCUUAACAGUGAAAUCUUCCGGGAUGUGUACUUUAAUCCAAAAUUUCAAAGCCGGUUGUCCUUGAUUGUCGUGGACGAAGCACAUAUGGUGUAUGUGUGGGGACUUGUUGCCAAUGGCCAAUCAAAAGGGCUGACCUCCCAUCUAAAACAUGGAGAGCGUGGAGUCUUCCGACCAGGAUACGGUGAACUGGCUGCUAGGUUGAUGGCGACCAACGGAACUCCGCUGCUAAUGAUGUCUGCCACCUGCCGCCCAAUCGCAAUCAAUAGUAUUCUUGAAUCUUUCAAGCUUACCAGGCAAAUGGUUACAUUUGUUGAAGCUGAACUCACCCGACCUGAAAUUCGUAUGUUGCGGAUCAAUAUGCAAAAGUCCCUGGUGUCAUCGGAAGACCUUGCUGACCUGUACAGUACUCAAGAGCAAACACCAGACAAUGAGAUCAUACCAACAUUAAUCUAUUCAACCACCAGAAACCUCACCGGACAAGUCCUUGAUGUCAUCCACAAUGCGCGUGAGGCAAAUCAAAAAGACGAUCCUUUCAGCACCUUUGCUCGACGCUACCACUCCAUCACUGGUGAUAUGGUAUCUGACUCACGUGAUUCAGAAACGCGUUCCCGUGUAUCUUCAUCCAUGGCGCUCAGCUUCGAUAUGUCAGAUGCUCGGACGUGCUGGAGAGAUGGUAGAAAAGGCGUGGCUAUUAUGUUUGUUGAGCCACAUCGCCAGAACGGAAAGAACUCAGUCAGUGAUUUCACCAAUGUCGAGCUCCAGAACGACGACGACAGGAUGGACGCUGUGGUGACGGGAGCGCGCCUUGGCCAAAGCUUUGGCCGUGGAAAGUCUAGCUUUCCGAGGCGCGGGAAAGCGGGGAAAAAUAGACCGAAUGCAAAAGGUUCUGAAAAGCUUACUGCGGGGAAUCCGGGCACCGGGGAUCACGGCCGACUGCGGAACGGGGGUUCAGGGUAUACUGCGGAGGGGCUACGAGGAGCGGGGAGCACCGAGGGGCGGAAGCGGGGUUUGGAGCGGACCAGAGGCGGAAGCGGCGGUGGGAGACCUGCUUACAAGCGGCCGGAGGAGUACCUGGACCAACAGGCGUUGGAGGGGUGA